AUGAUUUCAUCAUUUUACUCUCGUAGUUAUUCGCCACGUCGCUACGCUCGUGUGGCACAGGGCUGCCGCCCCGUACCCCGCGGUUCCGGAAAGGAAGUACCUCUUUUUAACAUUACUAGCGGUAAUCGUAGGCACGCAUGGUCCCGGGAGAAGCGAGGCACACUUGUUGGUGCCGUCGAAGGGGUUCAUUCCAUUCAUGGUUGGUUCCACUGCUCACUCCGUUCAUCGGAUCAUCCUACACUACCAUACAUACUCUGCCGCUUCACUACUCACGUCUGUCCACUCGACUUCAACGUCUGCGGGUGGUUCCCACGCUCGCUGCAUCCCAGAACCUGGACCCCGGAAAUACCGGAAAAGGGCCUCUGCCCCGGUUGCGACUGCGGCGGAGUCAAGCAUACACGCUAUGACCCGGAUAGUGAGAAGGACACAGGCCAUGCUGGCCAGGUGCCACUGCCUCUGCGUGCAGUGUGCAUCGAUCAAAUGGUGCAGGUCCACCAACCUGCCAGAAACAUCUUGCGGCGAGUGUCUCCAGCACAUGGGACACAGGACAAACUGGCGCAACAAGCGGGCCACCUCCUCCCCCAUCGGUUCCGCCGCUACCACAACGCGACGCUUCGCCAACUCCAAGCCUGGCAUGAUUUGUGCCACCGUGCACACAAGGAAGUCCCCCAGGACAGCUCCCCGAUCCUCCCCGAUCGAGGCCAACGGCCGACUAGCCAUCGUCAGCCCAUGAGCUCGCGCCCACUGAAGAAGCGACAUCGACAACCACCGCUCCGCACCCGACGACGCAAGCGCACGCUCCGACACACUCAUCGCUCCCACGUCAUCCAACAUGUCCUCCAGACACUGGACCAUCGCCAAGCGAACAUCGGGGUGCCCCCUCCGAAUCUCUUCCAGCCUCUCCUCCGCGGCUGGAGUUAGUCCAACGAAGUACUGACCCACGACGCUCCGCCGGCACAGCUGUUCUACCUCCGUCAUCUCGUCUCCUGUUGAUGCACGCCAGUGCAUCAGUAGGCUUGGUUCUUGGCCACAAGAACAAAGGAAGAAAAAAUAGGAAGCCUCCAGGCUUCCGUCCGUACUCACCAAGAACUCCCGUUCCAGCACCUCCAAGGUGCACAGACAAGGAAGGCAGACGCCUUCCUCUACCUCCUCCUUCCUACCGGAAGUAGAGAAACACGACGAUCCAGUCUCGUGAACGCUCCGCCUCUGUCGAGUAAGAAAAGAAAAUGAACACCCUCCGGUCGUGUCUCAACUCCGUCCCGCCGCGCUGCUUGGUGUUUUCCCCCGGAAAAAUAAAAUAG